CUCUUCCGUUCGUAAGUGUCAAAAGUUUCAACAGCUGAUUUUUGUUUUGUUUCUAAAAAAAAUUUCAUAGCGAAAUAAUAAACAAAAUAUUACGGAUUAAAAUCAAAUAAUUAGGCAAACAUGUCUUCAGAAAACUGCCAAAUCUGUAAUAAGGCUCCCUUUAAAUACACCUGUCCCCGCUGCAAUAUUGUCUACUGUUCUUUGCCCUGUUAUAAAUCACAACAACAUCUAAAAUGUUCUGAAGAGUUUUACAAACAAUGUGUUCAAGAUGAAUUAAGUUCCGCAGGCGGAGAAGGUGCUAAUAAUAAAGAAGAUAUGCGUAAAAUUUAUGAUAUUUUAAAACGUAUACGAGAGUCGGAUGCUGGUAUAGAAGCGGAUAAUUUUGAUAUGGACGGCUUAGACUCAGAUGAUGAAGAAAACACACAUGGACUAGAUUGUGAAGAAGAAGAUGGAGAACAGGGGGGAAACUUAGAAGAUGAGGAUGAUGACAACGAUGAGGAAGAUAUAGCGGAGAGGUUAAAGGACAUCGAUAUCAAUGAUGCCGAUGAAGUUUGGCAAAAGUUAACUGCAGCAGAAAAGGAAGAAUUUAAAAAGUUAGUUUCUACUGGUGAUAUAAUGAAAUUAAUGCCUGAUUUUAAGCCAUGGUGGUUGAGAAAGGAAAAUUCCAAAAUUGUUGUAGUCUCAACGAAUGAAGAACCAGAGAAAAACGACGUUCCUAAAGUAGUUGAUAACAUAGCAAAAUAUUCUAGUAUUUGUAGUAAAGAACCGGCACCCUGUUUACAUUACAAUCUUUGGAAUAUAUUGGCGGCCUAUUCUUGUACAGUUCGUUUUUUUAAUGGUGAACACUUCACAAGUCCUAAUGAAGCUACUGCGUAUCUCAUCAAUCUCAGUUCAACUCUUAAAUAUGGUACUAAUUUCGAAGAUGUCGAAGAUGCUGUUAUUUCUGUAGAAAUGGAAGCUCUAACCACGGGUAAUGGUGCUACACAACUUAUGCCAACGACUGGAACGCCAAAGUCUUUACUCGUAGAAGAUCGUGUGCAGUUGAAGGCAGAUUCUCGCCAAUUAAUGUCAACGCUAGGCAAUAAAUUGUCCGCAUUAAGUGAUAUUUUAAGAUUAUUACAGCUAACGAAAAAAAUUCUUAAAGCGCCAAAUAAAGGAGAGGCUGAAUUUCAAAAGCUUUUUGCUUUAAGCAGCGGCAUGGAAGAAUUGACACGCUCUAAGGUUCAACAGUUAAUCAAGAAAUUAGAGUUUUAUUUGUCCUAUGUUAAUAGAGAAAAUGAGUAGAGAUAACAUUUUUUAAUAUUUAUAAUAAAUUUGAAUUAAUUUUAUAAACUGUUAAAGCUACUAUAUUAUUAUAUUAUUUAUUUUACAAAUAAUAAAAGAAUUUAAUACUGAAAUAAAAGUAAAU